AAAAAUAUAUAAUAAAUAAAAGGACAAAUUUUGUAGUGUUAUUAUAUGCGGGAAAAGAGUUGUAUUGUAUUUCUUUCAAUAGCAAAGAAGAUGGAGGAGAAAAAUAAACGUUGUUUUUGGGUUUCAGUGAAGUAUUGUUAGGCAAAGCCAGGCAGAGAGAGGAAGGCCGGCCGAGAGAUACGACCUGAUCUCAUUCGCUGGCCAACCCAAACUAAACCAAACCAACUCAACACUUUUCAGAUAUAUAUAUAUAUAUCUUCCUUCAACUUCAACAACUCUUUUCUCUUCUUCUCAUUCCUUCCUUUAAAUACCAAACCAACAAUUUAGUCCUCUGUCUAAUAUUCUCUCCACAAUUCAUACAAUAAUCCUUUUCUUCUCUUUUUUACCCUUACCUCUAAUAACAAUAAUAAUAAUAAUAUGAAGAAGAAAAGAAAAGAUCAGACAAACCCCAUAACAUUUGGCGCAACCAUCUACCGUCAUCAUCGCCGCCUCCACCGCCAUCUUUUUCAGCUUGUCUCUGUUUUCUCCGCCUGCUUACUCCUUUUUCUCGUCGCUUUCUCUCUCCUCGCUCCUUCCCCUGUUAUACACCAUCACCACUCUAAUAUUAAUGGCGACGUGGAACGGGAAUCCUAUUCUGAUCAGAAGACUGCGUUUCAUGUUCCGACUAGUGGAGUGAGUUUAGGUCGUGAUAUAUGGAGCUCGGUGGGAUCGGAACUGUACUAUGGUUGCAGUAAUGGUGGCCGUAACUUCAUGACUUCGGAUAUGAAAACGAAUCCUAGUCGACACCUGGUGAUUGCUACUAGCGGUGGCUUGAAUCAACAAAGAACAGGGAUAACAGAUGCUGUUGUUGCAGCUUAUAUCCUAAAUGCCACUUUAGUUGUUCCCAAGUUGGACCAAAAAUCCUUUUGGCAUGAUAGCAGUAACUUUGCUGAAAUAUUUGAUGUGGAUCGGUUUAUAUCGUUUCUCUCCAAAGAUGUUCAUAUUAUAAAAGAGCUUCCACUGAAGGGAGGGAAAGUUUUGACUCCACACUCCAUGCGUGUUCCGAGAAAGUGCACUCCAAAAUGCUACCUAAACCGAGUUUUACCUGUUCUGAACAAAAGACAUGUUGUUCAGCUCUCGAAGUUCGAUUACAGACUUUCGAAUAAGCUGAGCAAACAUCUACAAAAGCUAAGAUGUAGAGUUAACUAUCACGCUCUAAAAUUUACAGAUUCCAUUCUUGAGAUGGGAGAAAAGUUGGUUGAAAGGAUGAGGAAGAAAAGCAACCAUUUUAUUGCCCUCCAUUUAAGAUAUGAACCUGAUAUGCUUGCAUUCUCCGGAUGCGAUUUUGGUGGGGGAGAUAAAGAAAAAGAAGAACUUGGCCUAAUCCGGAAGAGGUGGAAAAGUUUACAUGUGAGCAAUCCAGAUAAAGUGAGAAGAAAUGGAAGAUGCCCACUUACUCCAGGGGAAGUUGGUCUUAUGCUUAGAGCCUUGGGUUUUGGAAGUGAUGUUCACUUGUACGUGGCAUCUGGUGAGGUAUAUGGAGGUGAGGAGACAUUGGCACCUCUCAAAGAACUCUUCCCAAACUUCCAUACUAAAGAGACUAUAGCAAGUAAGAAUGAGCUGGCACCAUUCACAUCCUUCUCUUCUCGCAUGGCUGCACUAGACUUUAUUGUCUGUGAUGAGAGUGAUGUUUUCGUCACCAACAACAAUGGCAACAUGGCAAGAAUCUUAGCCGGACGAAGGAGAUACUUUGGACACAAACCAACAAUCCGUCCUAAUGCUAAAAAGCUAUAUAAGCUGUUCAUGAACCGAUAUAACAUGACAUGGGAAGAUUUUGCUGCCAAAGUUCGAACUCAUCAGAUUGGAUUCAUGGGAGAGCCUAAAGAGAUUAAGCCAGGCAAGGGUGAGUUUCAUGAAAACCCAGAAGCCUGCAUAUGUGACGCUUCUGAUAAAAAUCCUAAUGAAAUAAGUCCACAAAAUCAAAGUCACAGCCAUAAGAUGGAGAACAACAACAAUCAUGAUAAUAGUUAUAUCAAGGAAAAUAAAGAUUCCGAUGAUGUAACAGAUGAGCAGAUAAGUGAGGAUGAGCAGUUUGGGUUUGAUUAUAUGGAUAAUGAAACUGCGUUAGGGGGGAAAAGGCAGCCUAAUGCAACAGAUUUUGAAACAACUGCUAUGAGUAAAUCUGAACAACCAGAACUGGAAGAGUUAUUCUCAGACUGAGUGAGGGCAAUUCCAUUGUUCUCUGACUACAUUCUUUCUUUAUAGAUUCUUUACCUCUUUUAGGUGAUUCUUUUAAUAGAUCGCUAUGAAAGAGGAUAUUCCUUUCUUUUCACUGAACCUGAAGUGGCAGUGGCGACAAAGCACUUUGUACAUAGAUGAGCAGGUUUAGGUAAACAGUGACUACACCUUUCCUUGAAAGAUUAGAUUUGAUUUUAAAGCUUGUACAUUACACAGAAAAAUUACAGUGCCAGCCUUUGCCUUUUCAUGGGUAAUUCGUUUCGUAAGGCAGGGGUGUUUAUAUUUACAGAUUUGCUUAACCAAAGUGUAAAUUCUUCUAGUUAGAAAGAUUUUAAUUUCCUUUUCCUUCUUUUACCAUGUGAAUACUAUAUGUAUGCUUUUGUCUUCUGAGUUUUGGCAACAUACGAGUCCUUUUACUUCA